UGCUCUCCAUCUCGAAAGGAGCGAGCGGACGGCUCGCCAUCGGCUAACUUUUUUGACAAGUUUUGCCUUUUAAGAUAAAAGCAAAUAUGGCUGCAAGCGGAACCAUUUUACCCUCCUUCUCCACUUUUUCCAUGCAUAAGGAAGAUGUGUGGAGGGGACCCGUAAAGGAGGACGAGGACAUAGACACCUUCCUGGACUUUGACUUCAUCCUGGCUCACAGCACAGAUAACGUCGUCGACUCGUACCGGACGGCGGGUGUCGGGGCGCCCGGGUACCGAGGUCAAGACUUUGAGCCCUUGCCAGAGUUGGCCCCUCCCCCCGCGUGCCCCCCUCACCCCCCGCCGCCUUACAGCAGCCUGAUGGCCGAGCUGCUGCGGUGCGACACGGACGUAGACGCGUACCAGUCCAGUGCUGUUCGGGGACGCUUCUUUGCGUGCCCCUCGGGAGCGUCCCCCAACCUGGGACGUUCCUUCCCGUGUGUCAAAAUGGAGCCCGAUGUCUACGGGCCGCCGCCGGGCGCCGUCCCGCAGAUCUUCGAGGUGAAGCGGGAAGGCGGCGCGAGGUCUUGCGCUCUAUCCAAUCACCGACCCCAACCGACGAGCUCGCCGCACCUUGGCAGCGGACUCCCGACGCCGCCACUCAGCCCCGACGACGCGUUGACCUUCAACUGCCAGUUCCAGUUUCCCUUUCCGUGCCGCUAUGCCACUUCAUAUGAGACGCCGCAGCCGCCAACACCGCCCUCGUCGCCGCUGGACGCCACGACCCGCAGAGGGCGGCGUUCCUGGCCCCGCAAACGCAACGCCACCCACUCGUGCACCUACGCCGGAUGCGGAAAGACGUACACUAAGAGCUCACACCUCAAGGCGCACCUGAGAACGCAUACAGGAGAAAAGCCCUAUCACUGCACGUGGGAAGGUUGCGGCUGGAAGUUCGCCCGCUCGGACGAGCUGACACGUCACUUCCGCAAGCACACCGGGCACCGCCCCUUCCAGUGUCACCUGUGCGAGCGCGCUUUCUCCCGCUCGGACCACCUGGCCUUGCACAUGAAGAGACACAUGUGAACCCGCGACUAGUGGCCGCUUCUUGACGACACAGGGAGCCGAGCCGCUACUUCACAAAGCCGAGAAGAAGACAAGCGUUGCACACCUGCUUCUCGUGCAGCGAGACGGCGCCCCCGCGUGGACAGGACAAUAAAAACGACGUUUUGCUGCAAAACUGCUUUUCGUGACGGUGUCGAACAUGAACUGAGAACAUUUGUUUGUAAAUACAAAGAGGAAAAAUGUAAAUAGUGCUAUUUUUAUGUGUGUAAUUAAACAUGAGACAACAAAGAGAUUUUCGUUGAAUUUUCUUGAUGGGUUACAUGACACAUAAUUGAAAGG